AGCCUCCUUUGUACUGACAUCUGAGUUACUCUGCUGCUGCACCUGUGCUCGCGAGUAGCGCCGAUUCUUCCCCCCGUCACCGAGUGUGCAUCUUUCAGUUUGAGUGCAUUUGGAGGUUUUAGUUUUCGUUCCGUGUUGUGGUUCUUCUGUUUCUUCUUCUUCCUCUUCCUCUUCUUCUUCUGCUGCUGCUGCUGCUGUUGGGUCUGCUGCUUCUUAUUCUUCUCCCUGCACCUCGUCCUCGUCCUCCCCUUCUUCUCCCUUUCUUUUGGAGCGGUGGUCUGUGCAGCUCUUUCAUCGGAGAGCAGGCGGAGCGAGUGAAGCUCAGGGUGGGUGACCGUCCACUGCCUGCGCAUUUUGUUCGCUUUGUUGUGGUGGUUUUGCUGUGCUUCCUUUGUUCGGCAAAGGGUUGUGAUCGCUGGAGUAGCGGAUCUUUUUCUGGGCCGUGCAUCUGGGACGUUUAUAUCGCCUUGCAAUUGGACGAGAGUUUUUGAUCGGCCGCGGAUGCUUGCAGAGCAGAGGCUGGGUUUUGCUGCGGCGGAGAUCGUGGUCAAAAACGGAUCACACCUCUAGAUAGUGUGAGAUCGGGGUGGAUGGGCGGGGCAGUCAUGCCACCAGAACUCGAGAGUGCCGCUCAUGUGCAUAGAAAUGGGAACUCGGCGAAGUCGGGGGUUAAUGGAGUCAGCGAUUUGCCUUCGCUGGCCACAAAUGGCAAGAUUAGCGGGCAGGAAACUAGUGGUAAAUUGAACGGGAUUUUAGAUCUAGAGAAUCAGCCUUAUCAAGAAGGCAAAACAGAAGAAAUGGUUUCGAGUAGCAGUGCCGACGAGGAGGUUAUUCAAAUGCCGAGGGACCAGAAUGACGAAGCCACGGGAGUCUCCGUGCUUAGUGAUGACGUCGUAGGAAAUGCCAAAGCUGCGAGCGGAACGUCUAAUGGUGAUGCACCCAGCAUCGUAUCCGAUGGAGGUCGUAAACCUUCCAAUUUGAGCUCUGACUGGAUAGCUGCGGAAGGAAACACCGGCUGGGAGGUUGCAGGGGAUGAAAGUGUUUUAGGUCCAGGUCCUGCCCAAGAAAAAGCAGCAGAUUUCAAGGCGGCGCCUACUCCUGAACUCUACUCUUUUUGGAUGGUCAAAAUUCCCCGACCGAUUGACAACAAGGGGAAGGCGGAGAUCAGGAUGGCAGAGAUGCGCUUGAAAGAUAAGACUGAGAAGCGUGACUUUAUCAAUGCAGCAUUCCAAAUGAAAAGGGCUGCUCGCGGUGAAGCACUCGACAAGCUAAGAGCUGCUAGGGAGAAGGCGAGAGCUUGUACUGAAGCAGUUCGGAGCAAGAGAGACGACAUUGAACCUCUGCAACUUGCUAAUAAAAGAUUCAGAGAAGCAGGCCGACUUGCAAGAGACAAAGGUCGAGAUUUACCUGCUAAUGAGGAGGAGCUGGACCAAAGGAUCAAGUACCUUGAAUAUAGGAUUCAGCAUGAAAGUAUACCUUUGAAGGAAGAGAAGCAGCUGCUUCGAGAUAUUAAAAACUUGAAGGCUUGUCGGGAAGAGGUAUGUGCAAACGCUGCACUCCAUGCAGAGUUCGCGGAAUCUUUGGGCGAGCGAGACGAAGUUCAACAACGUUUGAGUCCCUUGAUUGCUGAGUUGGAAACUCUGAGAGCAGAGCAAAAUGCAGCGUACGAGGCGAUCAGAGCUGCGGAAGACGAGUUCGAGAAAGCAGAUCGCGCUGUGAAUGAGGUCCAGAAGGAUUGGGCAGAUGCUAGUCGUGCUCGACAAGAAGCAUUUGAUGAACGUUCACGUCUCAUGAGACAAGACAAUGCCCGGAAUGAUGAAUUUUAUCAAAACAAGCGCGACUUCCAGAAUGUUAGGCAGUUGGCCUUCAAGAAGGAGAAAAAACUGGUGGAAGAACUCUGUAACGCUCAGGUGGAACGCGUUCUAGACAUGUGGAACAACAACCCUGAAUUUAGAGCAAAUUAUAUCAAGAGCAACGAACGGAGUACGUUGAAGCGGCUGUCAACAUUCGAUGGGAGAUCAUUAGGCCCUGACGAAGAACCACCGCUGAUUCCAGGAGAUGACGAUAUGAUGGCGGAAUCGAGGACUGAGGUGGGAACAUCUAAUACUCGGAAGGGAGAAGCGCAAUCCAAAGUUCAGUCAAAAACGUCUGAUCCAAAAUCCUCUGGUCCAGUGUCAACUUCUGACUCCCACAAGAAGGAAGCGGAACGAGAAAUGGCUCCUAUUGCAAAUUCAAAUGGAAACGUUGCUCAUACGAAGGCUUCACCUGUCGUAACCCCUGUACCUGAAGCGACCAAGCAAGAAGAGGUCAAAGUUGACCCCGCAGUUGCCGCCGCAGCUGCAGCAGAAGAUAAAGAGAAACGGAGGCAGCAAGAGAUGGCUAAAGCCAAGGAAGCCGAAGAGAGGAAGAAAAGAAUGGCAGAAAGGUCACAGUCAAAGGCUCUAGUCAGAGCCCAAAAGGAAGCAGAGAAGAAGGAGAAGGAAAAGGAGAAACGAGCAAGGAAAAAAGCCGCUUCGGGUCCACCAUUAGCCUCUCAUGGGGUGAGCUCUCCGGUGGAAACUGCGACAGAAGUCAUUGAAGAAGCUGAAGCUAGCCCUGAAGUAGUCUUCCAGCAAACACACUCAGAAAGCAAACCCAGUUCGAAGCAGAGGAAGAGGGCAAUUGCUGCUCAACAGAAACCAAAGAUUGUUAAGCCGCCUCCUGUUCCCAGCUCCGUAACCAAGAAAGAUGCUUUUUAUCAGCAAACUUGGUUCUUUAUACUUUUGGGUCUGGUGCUACUCUUUGGGCUGCUUGCCUCAAUGGCAAGAUAUGUACUAUAAUUCUUGAUGAAUUCGGUCCAACCUCAUGAUUGCAAGAUUCGUGCAGGAAAUAUGAGGUUGUUUGUAAGGUUCGUAGGUCAGGUAGUUGUUCUUCACAUGAAGACCUCUGCCAGUAUUCUUACCUUCACUACGAGGAAUGAUGAAAAAUAUGGAAGAGUCAACCUUUGUGUUGUCUUUCAUAUGCGUUCGGUGGCUGCCUAAAUUGUUGUUCUGAGAUCUUAUUUGAUCUUCUCUCGUGAGUACGAUUUCUGCUUGAACCC